AUGGUCUCCUCGCUGGCUGUACCGCGCACCCCGCUGCUUGCGCUUCCCUUCCGCACUGUCGCCGCCGCCGCCACCACCGCCGCCCGCGCUACUAGCUACCGCCGUCUUUCCUCCGCUACGCCUUCCAUCUCCACUUUCCCACGCCGGCCACCCCAAACGCGGAUACUGCAGCAAUGCAUAGCUGGCGAGAGAAGCUUCGGCACCGUGCGAGCCAGGCAGGCGGAGAUGUCUGCAGGCCAGAGGCGCAUGGUCAAUGACAUGCAAAAGCGCAAGGCGAUGCCGAGCAUGGUCACCAUGCAGACGCAGAACCUUGACGAGAUGCCAACCGACAUCGGCCUCAUGCCUGACACGUUCAUCAGGCCGACGGGCUCUAAUCUACCUGGGCUGUUUGCCGAGCCGAAGCUGAGAUUUAAAAUGGAGUACCAUUGGGCGAAGACAAGGAUUUACGACAUUGUCAGCCGAAUUGUGUAUAAGUGGACGACAGUGAAGCCGCGCCCCGUCAUCAAUAGGCGCGGCAUGCGAAAGCUCGCACUCCGGCUGCACAAGGAUAUGUACACGGCAUUCGCAUACGGCGACACCGAACACAUCUCCCGUAUCUGUACCGAUGGUGUCGCGACGACGCUCCGUUCCCGCAUCAACGCCCGCAAGCCAAACGAGCACCUUUCCUGGGCGCGGUUAUCGCACUCGCGACCGCGUAUUGUGUCGGAUCGCAUCGUCAAAAUCCCCAUCCCUGGCGUUGAUACAAAAAAAAAGCCAUGCUGCAUCCGCCAGACUGUCUUCCGCAUUAAAUCAGAGCAGGCGCUGGUGAAGGGCUACUUGCUGGCAGGCAAGGCGGGACGGCGGAGGUUGUUGGAUGAGGCUGGUAAGGAACUGCCUCUUGGCAAGGAUGGAGAGAUCACGCCAGAGCGCAUGCAGCAGAGUGCGAAGACUGUACAUGAGUAUUUUGUGCUUCAGAAAAGGAUGUGGAUGGGCAAGGAGGAAACCUGGUCCGUAUGGGGCCUGGUGGACGAGUCGAGUCUUGACGAGCUCAAUUAA